AUGUGCACAAUCCACAUCAUCAAAUGCCGCGAUUGCGACGUAAUCGAAUCGACGUGGCGUCAAUACUGCCCCUCCACCCCACCGAACCGCCUCUGUCAACGGGGGCAAACAAGUCUUAUCACCACGUACCUCCUCCGAGGCCACUGUGACCUCUGUCUGACGAAGACGGGGACGUAUGGUACACUCGCCUCCGUCGAGACCACGUCAACAAUGACACACGAAAUCAUGAAUCAGAAGAGUAGGUCCGGAGGUUUAAAUAUUCUUCGCGACACAGGGUUGGCCACCAGACUUAGCAUGGGAUUGAAACGGAUGGCAUCUGAGGCCAGAAGAUUCUACUCAAGUCUAGAACACGGUCUAUCGAGCAGGGCCAAGACUCGAUGGCAGGGCGUGAAGUAG